AUGUUACUACUUCGUAUGGAAAAGCGUGAUAGUACGCGAGAUUCGUCCGAUCGCGAUAGACGCGGUGGAGUGCGGCCACGUCAAGCACUUCUUUCUGGCCUCUCUCAGUGGGCUCCCACAGCAAUGACAAGUCGAGCUCCUGGAUCGACUUCGGCUUCGGCAAGUACAACGAACUCGCAAGGUGUCCUUAUGGUUGGACCGAACUUUAAGGUCGGUAAGAAGAUUGGUUGUGGAAAUUUUGGAGAAUUGCGUCUUGGAAAGAACCUGUACAAUAAUGAACAUGUAGCUAUUAAACUGGAGCCAAUGAAGAGUAAAGCACCUCAGCUUCAUUUGGAAUAUAGAUUUUACAAGCUUCUUGGACAAUCAGAAGGGUUACCACAAGUGCACUAUUUUGGACCUUGUGGGAAGUAUAACGCAUUAGUGAUGGAGUUACUUGGACAUUCUCUGGAAGAUCUUUUCGAUCUGUGUGAUCGACACUUCUCACUGAAGACGGUAGCAAUGGUAGCAAUGCAACUGAUUCGACGGAUAGAAUACGUGCAUACAAAGCAUCUUAUCUAUCGGGAUGUAAAACCAGAAAAUUUCCUCAUAGGGCGAUAUUCAACCAGGAAGCAACAUGUUCUUCAUAUCAUAGAUUUCGGCCUAGCGAAAGAAUAUAUCGAUUGUGACACUGGAAAGCACAUUCCUUACCGAGAACACAAAUCUUUGACGGGGACGGCACGAUACAUGUCUAUUAAUACGCAUCUUGGAAAGGAGCAAUCAAGACGGGAUGAUUUAGAAGCUCUCGGACAUAUGUUCAUGUAUUUUCUUAGGGGAAGUUUACCAUGGCAAGGGUUAAAGGCAGACACAUUAAAGGAGAGGUAUCAAAAAAUUGGGGAUACUAAAAGACAAACCGCUGUUGAAGUUCUUUGUGAAGGAUUUCCAGAAGAGUUUGCCCAGUAUCUCCGUUAUUCUCGCCGGCUCGAUUUCUUUGAGACACCUGACUACGACUACUGUUAUAAUUUAUUCAAAGCUGUUCUUGAUCGACUAGGAGCCAGUUACGACUACGAAUUUGAUUGGACGCCGAAGCUUAAUAACGUGUCUACUCCUUCGGGUUCACUACAUACUGCAGAAGCCAAAGAGAGCAAAAGGGAGCGAACAGAAGCUCUCAAGCCAAAUCACGCAUCGGCUCAUCCUUUUGGAUCGACACAGGUAAUAAACUCAAAUGCUGGUGAUGUUGGCGAUGAUACGGGUGCAGGACGAGUUGGAGAGAUGCGCCGACAGGAGGAGCAAUCAGGCGAAGUGAAAUGCUGUUGUUUCCGUCGACGUAGGAGAAAGCAGCAAACAUCGGCCCAAGUCGCCCAAAAAUAA